AUGGCAUUCAAUGCCAAAAACCUAGAGUAUAACAAGCAAGAGCCCGCUUUCCUCCGCAGGCUAAAAGGGGAAGUCGGCGGCGUUGAUGGACGACACAAUGUGCAGAUCCCUCGGCCAAAGAAGGAUAGGUUGAAGACAGGGGACGAUGAUGAGGACGAACCAAUGAUCCUGGAUGAGCGAGGUGAGCGAGUAGAAAGGGCCGAGUUCGAGAGAAUGGUGAAAGGAGAAGACGACGCGCAAAAAUCCACGGAGGGGGAGGAAGCUGGUGGUACUGGGUCUCAAGUAGAAGGAAGCAAAGGUUCCGAGCCCCUUGAAAGACAGAAGGUGACAGAGAUUGGCUCUGCCGCAAAUGCAAAGAAGAGGAAGGUUGGCAAGGUCGUUGGAGGCGAAGACGAAGACGGUGAGGAUGUCGAGGAUCGAGCCCUGAAACAGAAAGACGGUUCUAAGGAGAAGGCCGAAAAGCCUCCUGCGGCUAAGGUCGGACCAUCUGCACCAAAGAAGAAAGGAAAGAAGAUCAAGUUGUCCUUUGACGAUCCAGAUGGAUGA